GUCAAAAGCUCAAAAAGCUACUCAAGCUCUGAACAAAGCCAAUCUGGUGAAAUGGCAGAGAAGCUCACACACUUUCUUCCACUCAUUCUCUCUCUCAUAAUACUAGCCGUCGUCGUCCGAGGUCAACCAGUGACAGGUUCUGUCUCAGAUGGAGUCAGUGAAGCUCAUCAACCGCCGUUUCUACUUCUUAACGGCUUGGUUCCAUCGGAAACCUGUGAAGAACCAUAUGGUUUUAUGCCCUGUAGCAACACUAUCGUCGGAAAUAUAUUCCUCCUCCUCGUGUAUGGGUAUUUAAUUUUCUCUGCGGCGAGGUAUUUGUCGGAUGGAAGUGAAGUUCUGCUGGAAAUUCUUGGCCCCGGCAUUGUUGGUGGUCUCAUCUUGCCGCUGCUUAGUUCUCUUCCCGAUGCUGUUAUCGUUCUAGCAUCUGGACUCUCUGGAAGCAAAAAAACUGCUCAAGUUGAGGUAUCAGUUGGAAUGGGAUUGCUUGCUGGAUCAACUGUUAUGGUUCUGACCGUAGUGUGGGGAUCCUGUGUUUUGGUCGGAAAAUGUGAUUUGGUGAAUUCUGUCGCACAAGAUUCACAAGAUACAAAAGGACUUAGCUUAACUGGGUCUGGUGUAAGUACUGAUAUCUGGACAUGUUAUACCGCAAGGCUUAUGGUUGUGUCUGUUGUCCCAUUCAUAAUUGUCCAACUGCCGCUGUUAUUUUGGACUAACUUCCAAAAUCGCAUCGCAAUCUUGAUUUCGUUCUUCCUCUCCAUUUGUCUAUUGCUUUCUUAUUGCCUUUAUCAGGUCUUUCAGCCCUGGAUUCAAAGGAGAAGACUUGCUUAUGCAAAACAUAAGCAUGUAAUAGCAAGAGUUCUAAAACAUUUGAAGAUGCGUGCAUUGGGAAGGCUUUUUAGCGAGGACGGAAAACCUAAUACAGAAGUGAUAGAAAAGCUCUUUAACACCAUUGAUGAGAAUUGUGAUGGAUACCUCUCAGCUUUAGAGCUAAGAGCACUAAUUAUAGGAAUUGAGUUUGAGGACAUAAAUCUAGAUCAUCACGAUGCUGUGGACAAAGUGAUGAAAGAAUUUGAUACUUCUCGUGAUUCACAGGUUGAUAUGAAUGAGUUUAUCAAUGGAAUUUCUAAAUGGCUCUCAGAGAUGAAAAGCUCUGCAAAUUUUCAUGAGGAUCACAGAAAGGAAAUGAAAUUAAUAUCGGACUUUCAUAUGCAAACGAAGAGGGAGCAUGAUCUGUUGGGAGAUCUCGAUGAUGAAGUUGCAGAAAAAAUAGAAAAUCCCAUGUAUAAUGCCUUGAAAGCAGUAUUGAUGUUACUUCUGGGAACUGCUAUUGCUGCAGCAAUUGCUCAUCCCUUUGUGGAUGCUAUCAGCAACUUCUCCUCUGCUACAAGUAUUCCUUCCUUCUUUGUGGCAUUCAUUAUUCUACCAUUUAUUCGUUCAAGUGAGGGACUGGCAGUUAUCAUCUUUGCCUGCCGCAAGAAACAGAGGACCGCAUCCUUAACAUUUUCUCAGGUUUGCUUCUUCCGCUGA